GGGAAAAAUCACACAGAACUGAGGGAAAAGAAGCAAAGAUGAACCCGGACAGAAGAGAGGGAGUUCAGCAGAGCAAACCCGCAGCCCUGCGAUGGCGGGGCGAUGGUCAGGCCCCUCUCCCGCGGGCCGGGGGUACCGCGGUGGCCGGGGAUUGCCUCAGGUCUCCUCAGGGGGGUGCCUGGGGGUGAAGCGAGCGGGCGGGCGGUGCUAAACGCGCUCCCCGCCUGGGAAGCGCCUGACAACGCGCGGCCGGGGCAGAGCUGGGGGGCCGGGGGAAGGGGAGGGCGCUCCCCGGCUCCCCUCCCACCCUCUCCGGAUAAAUGAACCGCCGGGAGGCGGCGGGCGGGCGGACGGCGGCAGCCUGCGGACGAGCGCGGUCCGUCCGGCCCCGUCCCCUGCCGCUCCCAGCGCUCCCUGCCGGCGGGGCUGCCCCGGGCCCCGCAGCACGCACCCAGCCGCGUCCCCCUGCCCGGCGGGAUCGGACCUUGCUUCCAUUCCCCGGGGGCCGGGGAACGGUAACGGGAAGGCGGCUGGGGUAGCCCGGUCCGGCAGAUGCUGGCGCUGUCCCCCGCACGCCGGGCUCCGGAAGGCUGGUGGCGGCGAUCGGGGCUCAGGGGGGGCCCGCCGGGCGCCUUUCCCCUUCCCUCCCUCCGCGGCGGGCGGCGCGGGAGGAUUUUCUCCCGCUGCGGCCCCCUCGCUGCCCCCCAGACAUGGUAGGUCACCUACAGCUGCAAGGGAUGGACGAGAGCCUGAAGGAGAGGAGCCGGGAAGGCUUGCUGGACAGCCCGGACUCGGGGCUGCCCCCCAGUCCCAGUCCCCCUUUCUACUCCCUGUCGCCCGGUGAGGGCCGAGCUGGGGGCAGCGGCGGUGCGGACCCCCCGGCCCCGGGGCACCGGCGGGAUGCCAAGGACGGCAAAGUGAUGCCUUACCUGCUCCUGAACCCAUCCAUGCCAGAGAUGAGGCCUCGAAUGUACCCCGUGUUUUUUGGAGAAAGCAUUGAGGUGACCCCUGAGCCCUUGCAGGAAAUCAGGUGCAAUUCCGAGGUGAAGUACGACUCCGAGAAGCAUUAUCGGGAUGACAUUUUCUACGGCCCCAUCCCCACCGUCACCACCUAUAGCGAGACAAUCAUUGCUGCUCCCAACUGUACCUGGCGGAACUACAAGUCCCAGCUGAUCUUUGAGCCCCGCCAGAAGCCACUGAGGUUUCAGAGCACGACCAUCAUCUUCCCAAAGCGUGCCAAGAACAUUUACCGGACCACCCUCAACUACAGCUUGGGUUGUGCCAAGCGUUGGUUUGCUUCCAGCGUGCAGCUGGAACUCUGUGAGGAAACCAGCCCGUGCGUCAUCUACAGCGAGACCCUCUGAUCUGCCCUGCCGCUGGCAACCGUGCAACCUCAAGGAGGCUGUGGCCUUUGCUGGGUCUCUGGCUGGGUCUUCAUUGAUGGCAACGGAAUACUAAUGGCUGGAGAACACGUCGUCGCGUCUCGGGUGAGGCUGAACUGGCUGGGAGGAGGCUUCCAGGGCAUGGGAUGGUUUUGAUCAGUGAGAGGCUGGCUUGUAUUUUGUGACGUUCCUGACGUUCAUGAUCUGGAUUUUAUUUUUGUUGUUUUUUUUUUCCAAGCAUAUCUAUUUUUGACUUGUGUUUAGAUGAAAUCAAGAUGACAAAGGACCCUGUUACCCAUAGCAAAGUGCUGCCUUGUGAGUUCUUGUCUAGCACAUAGGUGAGACUCACUGUAACCUUUGGAGCUGUUUUGAUCUCUGCAAAGGGAAGACCAACUGCAAUGUCAGCAUCCUGUCUGCCCAGCGUAAACCAAGCCACGUCUCUUAGAAUUUAGAUGCAGAGGAAAUGGUUCUUUCUAUCAGUACAUCAUAGCUUGCUCCACAGCUCAUCUCGGAGAUAGUUGCAAUAUUACACCACUGCAGUAACCACAGGUCUAACUUACCGGGAGGAGUGGGGACUGUCACCAAGAGAAAGAGGAAGAAAACAGGCACAUGGUGCUCUCGCUAGCAGUUAGAUGUUUAUAUACUGUAGCAAGGCACAGCACAACCAGAGGUAGGAGAAAGGCUUAUACCAACGCAGAGCCACCUCUUCUGUGAGCCCAGCCAAGAGUGUGCAGGGGAGAUGGAGGAAACUGAAUAGCUGAAGGGUUAUUUCCUAAAAGUGCUCAAUUGAUUCAGGAGCCAAAUACCCUGUAUCAAAACUACUGUCAGCCCAAGUGUGCCAUGCUGUUUGUUGUCUUGAACACAAUUUAGAGGGAUCUUUACAUACUUGCAACCCUCCUGAGUAUCAGGGUAUGGCUUAUUGCAGAGAGGUUGUAGUACAGAAAGGUGCUGUCUAGCUUCAAAGAAGCCAGUGCAAGGUUAACUCAUGAGCAAGGUUGUAGUUUGCAUACCUGUGGGUGUAGACAGCUUCACUGACUGUGGAGGAGCAGCCAAACUUCCUCAGUGUAGAGCCUGAAGGACUGAAAAGCCCAAAUCCAUCCUGGUUUCCCUUUAAUAGGUUGUAGCAAUCAACAGGUUCUUCACAAACAGCUGAGCUGUCUCUGCAAAAGGACCAGGGAACACCUGAGAGAGCAGAAAUCACUGCAGCCAUCCUAAGGUAAACCAUUCCCCCACUCAUGAAUCACAUCUGCUAUCUCUUCACUUUGGUAGCUUGCUGAAAACCUUCAAGAGCCUGGAUUCCCACACAUAUAUAUCUAUAUAGCCUUUGAAAAUAGCAUGGAAUUGUCUCCAAAAACCUUACCAAGAAGUUUUGCUUGCUGCUCAGAAGAGCCCAGACUUAGAAAAUAAUCACACAGCUCCGGAAUUUAAUUUCCAGCUUUCCCUCUUCUGAACUUUCCAUUUUGUUCCUGACUUGCUGUGGGUCUGAUUGAGUUAUUUCAGAACACAACUGAACAGCCAAGUCAGAAACCCUAUUAGCAAUGUCAACAAGACGUAGCUGAUUGCCCAGAACAGUUGACGCAGAAACCCACAGAGAUUUAAAAAAAAUAGAGCUGAAAAACCUAAAAUAAUAAAAAUUAAACAGUGACUUCCAUCACUUUUAAAUAGUUUUUCCAUCGAUUUCAAAAGGCAUUUGGUAAAUGGGACCAGAACUGUGACCUUUAUGAAACAGAGUUCUCUUGUUUAAUGUGGAGCACAAGUUUUCCACCAGAGGUAAAUGCAAGGUCUUUAUAUACAAACUUAAGUCCUGACUGCUGAAGCACUGCUGGUACUGAAAGAUGUGUGCUCUGGCAGUGCUGAACUCUGUCUCUAUCUGGGAGUUAGGAAUUGUUAGGGAGAAAUCCCUCAAAGGAUUUCCAAGGCUUCCACCUACUGUUGAAUUCUCUUCAGCAACACAGGAACAAUACAUUUGUUAUCGCUCAGUUCUUUGCUGUCAUUGACUGUCAGCGUCAAAGCUUGGAAAAGCAACAUCUGCCUCCAAAGGGAUUAUUGUGCCUGAAGCAAGUCUUGUCCCCAGAGCACCAGCAGACCUGAGUGCUAUGGAGUUAGUUAGGCAGCAGGGCAGUUGAAGCUAAGGUCAAUGUGAUCCCAGUGCAGUGCAAGUUGGGGAUGCACUUGUUAGCUCAUCUAUCUAUAUAGAGGUCUAUCCUGUUUCACCAGGUGCUGGUGAGCAAACCUUGUGACCAGUGGAAAUACUCAUCUGCCUCUCUGGGUACCUUGUAGGGGCUCUGGAGGGCUCUUUCCUUGCAGCUUGAGAGUGUAGCAAAGGGGUUAGAUUUCCAAGCUGAGCAACAGCGUAAUCCAGGUUCAAAAGCGGGACCAAUAGUCAUACCCAGGAGAUCCCUGCAUGUUGACAGAUUAGAUUGCAGGCACCUCCACUGAGUAAGUAUGGAGACAGGCUGACCUCAAAGCUGAACCUGAAAGCUGAAGGGAUGCCAGAGACUCCCUAUUCUGACCAUACAUCAGGCUUUUCUCCUGUUAACAGUUGAAUUAUUCCCCUGCUCCAAGCACAAAGCUGCAGUUUUUGAUCACACUGAUCUUUGAGCAGAACAGGUUUUCCCCAGAAAAUCUCUUAUCACGGCCAGCUGCAGGCGCUAUGCACUUUGACCACUGUUAGUUUUGCUUCCUAAACAUUAGCUGCAAUAGGAAAGAAGAAUUCAAGGAAGCCCCCAAACCACUGUGCAAAUACAGUGGAGAGAGACCUGAGCCACCGCCUGGUCUGUCACCAUGCAAGGGCAGGGGUCUCACUGGUGGAUGUGACCCCUGGGAGGGUGCAGUGGAGGGCUGCAUCCUUGGCACUGCAGGUUCCCUACAUGUCCAAGCCAGACCUCUUUGAAGCUUUGUGCUUUGUUUUCUCUGCAAAUAGACUAGAAAUGACCUAACAUGCUCUUGCUCCUUUGAGCUUAAGCAGCUUCUCUGCUUUUGCCAUGUCAGGAAUAAAAAGAGCUGCUUGGGUUUCUAGGCUGCUGAACACACUUUGAGCUGUGUAGCCAUGGACAGGCCAUGGUGGGCUCCCGCCCUGGACCACAUCCAAACUGUGACAUUGCCAAGUGCCUGAGAUCUGUAGAAGUAUUUGAAAAAUACCUUCUUACAUGGUGUCUCCCAUGGGCCCAUCGCAAGCUGCUUUUCUUCCCAGUGAAAGCUGGCAUUGGAAAGGGAAUUUGUUUUUCCUGAGGACAGGAAAACCACAGAGGGUCACAUCUUUACCCUUGCCUGGGCGCAGAUCCCACCCUUCUGCCCACCCUCCCUAUUGCUCCUAUCCCUGUGGCUGGGUUAGGCAGUUGUAGAAGAGCCAAUGUUCAUCUUGCUCAUGAGUGGGGAAAGUGAUGACUUUUUUUGCUUAAAUGCCAGAAACUGAAGUUUAUGUGUGUUGGCAAUUAAUCACUCCGAGCAGCCAAGAAGUGCCUUACCUGUAGUAUGUUUGCACAUCUAAAAAGAACCAUCAGUCCCACCAAAGAGGUGUUUUUCUUCUAAAUGGAGCAUUAUUAAUCUCAGCAACAGAUCUUUGCUCAUGUCUAUUUUCUGGAAGAUGCAAACGAUUACUUUAGACCAUGGCAAUGCUGCUCUAGAAAGGUGAGUUUCCUUCAGCAGCUGGGACUGUGGCUACAGGAUUUCUCCCAGGAUCCUGAUGCUGCCCACAGUCCUGUAAACCUGAUGGGUAAAGACAGACUCUGCCUUUGGGAAUUAUUUCCCAUCAAUAGCUAUUUUUGAGAUCAGAAACUUUCCCUUUUAGCAUCUGUUUUCUGGGGGAAGAAAGUUGUUUAUUUGCAAUAUGGAAAAUCACUUGUCUCAGAGGUGUGGGGUUUGCCCUCCAUCCCCUUCAUUCCUGUGAUUGUUUUGCCCCUGGGGCAUGCUUGGGGCUGUCUGCCCGCAUUGCGGUCAUUGCAUUUGGGGUCAUAAAGAUUGAACCCCAACUGAAUAGUGAACUCUGAAUCUGUGGAAUACAUUGCACAAUCCGCAGAGAGCACAACUUUGACCAAACAGUUCCCUGCUUCUCUUGUCUUUUUUGUUUUCCUUUGUUAUUGUUCCUAAGCCAGCUCUACUUCUCUCAAUGUGAAAUACAGACCAAUUCGCACCCUAGGUGCAUACUUUCUGGGCAUGAUGAAAUGAGGUUUGGGUGUUGAUAGCAGUGUUUGAGUGAGCUGCUGGUCAGAGAAGUGAAUGCUGUUUACUAUUUAUGUUGAGUGAGUCUUAAAAAACCAGGAAAGGUCACUAGAAGGUGAAAGAGCAAAAGACUUUGUAGAGCAAACUGAAGACUAAAGGCUGCAUGAAACCGAUCUAGAGGCGAAUGGUUCCGUGUGGGAACAGUGUGUUGGAUAUUUGGCCAUUGUACUUUUAGCCUGCCUUUUUUUCCUGUAGGAAAGGGCAUCCUUGUCUUCUUUAGAGCCAAAACAAAAUCAGAGCCAUCCUAUGUCACAGUCAUUCAGUCCCACUCUGAGUAACGGUGUCCCCCAGGCUUGCAGGGGCUGUGUAUAUCAAGCACACAUGCACAGAGCUGUGCCUCUGUGGAGAAGAGGAGCCCUUUGUAGGGAAUGAUGUAUCUUGAUGUGAGAUAUUAACAUUUCUAAACCCUGCUCCCUGAGGAUCACCCCAUCACUCACAGAUGGAUCUGUUCUGAACAUCUCCUCUAUAAUCAUUGUAUUUUAUAAGCCUUGGGAGGCACUGAUUCUUUUUCAGAUACUGCGAUGGCCAUCAAAGUGGGCAAAGUAUCCUACUAUGUGAAUCGUGACCUGAAGAUGGGGUUGAAAGGUGUCUGAAGGUUAGAGAAGGAAGAAGAGAACAUAUAACUGGUGGAAUUGCAUAAGGAUGUGUCAUAUUUUUAUUUUUGUAAGUCUGAUUCUCUAAGUGCUUGUAAAGUACUUUACUGUUGUAUAUGUGGUGGUGCAGUAGUUCACAAUAUCCUUUUAUUUUUGUAUAUUCCCCCCUCCACAAUAAUUCCUUUCUGUUCAACUCAUAGAGAAUAAUUUAAGAAGACAAAAUUUAUAUAUCAUAAUAAAAUGCUCAAACUGUCA